UCUAACGGUAUUAGGGAAAGUAUUAACCUCGCAAAUAUGGUAUCCCAGAGAAUCAAAUACGCGAUGGCGCAUCUUUCGCGAAAGCAACACACUAGAUUAUUGGCACGUCCAAAUUGGAGAAGACUUCGUAGAACGGACAUGAACAUAGUGGUAGAUCCAAGUGUUAUUUCUCGCGCGGCACUAAAGAGUAAGGCCUCGAAGCGCAUCAAGAUCAUGGCCCGGCCAAAAUAUGUAACUAAGAAAUACGACGUUCAAGACUAUCCACCACCGUACCAACGAGUUCAUCCGAAGACACUCGCGGCGAAGUGUACCAGUCGUAUUCGGGUUCUGGCAGUGCCGAAAAUGCGCGUUGUAGAGGUUAGGAUUCCCAAGCCUAGGAAGCCACCUCCGAGGGACCACGAUUGGAAACGACAUAGAGAGAUCAUAGAGAAAUUGGCGAAACCAAAAGUCAUUCACAAGCCGAGACACGUUCCGAAGAAGAGAUGGCGACCGGUCAGGAUGAGGCGAAUAAAAAAAUUGGCUGUACCGAUGAGCCGUGAGAUUCCGUUUGCCAGAGAUCCCUUUUCGGUAGCACGAUCCGCUCUAAGGUACAGGAUCACCGAGCGUAUGAAGGAGCUCGCCUAUCGAAAGACCGAAUUGGAAUUUAUUACGCCACGGAAACUAGGCGUAGUUUCGCGAGGAGCCUUGAAAGCAAUCGUUAUUAUAUCGAUCGUAUAUGAUCUAUAUUCGAUAUUCGUCACGUACGGGAAACGAGAGAUUAUUUUACGAGAGAGGGAGAGAGAGAGAGAGAGAGAGAGAGAGAGAGAGAGAGAGACUGGUAUUAAGAAGAGUAGCGUUCGCGUACGAAGCAAUUUCACAGCUAUUACCUAUCUUACACCAUCUUCCUUUCCCCAAACACAAGCUUCCCCGAGGACGUUAAUCCUGGCGAAGCCCGCGGUACGUCCCGCUGGAAUGGAAACGGAUCUCAGGGAGGACGCCUUCACCGUCUCUCCGGCCGCUUUGAAAGCGAGAUGCUCGAGACGAUUGAAAAAGCUCGCAAGGCCGAAGAAUUACAAGCAUAAGGGAUAUUGAUUGCCUCUUAUAGUGUACUACUAUUUUUACUGUCCCGUCCUGUAACUGUCUCACCAGAGAAAAUAGAUCCUCUCUUUUUCUCUUUUUCUCGCCUUACGUAUCAAUUUAAUGUCUCUGAUGUUCGUUAGUCCGACACGCCGAAGAGGUUUAAUAAUAAAUUCAUCUAAUUACGAGGAGAAUCCGUAAAUUAACUCGUAAUUAAUAAGACC